UUUCCUUACUGAGGAGUUGGCAACACUGGGGGUAACUGCUGGCUCGGAGCUGGGAGUCCCUGUUUUCCUUCCGCUUGCUCUGUCUGUUCGCUCCAUACAGUCUAUGGUUCGCUCAGAGACUCAAAGUGCGCAGAAAGGAGGAACAUGUCCGCCGUGCAGCUGCUGAGGGUUUCGGUACAUGAGCGGAUCAGCGCUGCCGCUGAAGACUUCCUGCUGCAGGUGGAGAAAGGAGGAGGACAUGCUCAAGUCCCUGCGCUGAGAGCGAUGCUAAUCGAGCGGCUAAUGGCGGCGGCUGAGGAGAUCCUCGCGGGGCUGGAGGAAACCGUGGCAGAGUACGAAGACAGAGUAGAGCAGUCCGAGCGGGAGAUCUGCCGCCAGAGGAGGCUGCUCAAUGCCGUGAUGCAGCCCGUAGUCCGGCUGCACAGAACAGUGUGUCCUGCAGAUGUCCAGCAACUGAUGGUGAAUAAAGAAGAGGUUCCCCCUGAGCAGCAGCAGUGGAGCCCCCUUGUGGACCAGGAGGACCCAGAGCCCCCCCACAUUAUAGAGGAGCAGGAGGAAUCGUGGACCAUUUGGGAUGGACCACAGCUUCAAGGACUGGAGGAGGCUAAUAUCAAGUUCACAUUGACUCCUGUCGCUGUGAAGAGUGAAGAAGAUGAAGAGAAACUUAAAUCGUUGAAGCUUCAUCCGAGUGAGACGAAAGAGAACAGAGCAGGGUGUCCUGCAGACGUCCAGCAACUGAUGGUGAAUAAAGAAGAGGUUCCCCCUGAUCAGCAGCAGUGGAGCCCCCUUGUGGACCAGGAGGACCCAGAGCCCCCCCACAUUAAAGAGGAUCAGGAGGAAUCGUGGACCAAUCGGGAUGGACAGCAUCUUCAAGGACUGGAGGAGGCUGAUAUCAAGUUCACAUUGAUUCCUGUCGCUGUGAAGAGUGAAGAAGAUGAAAAGAAACUUAAAUUGUCAAAGCUUCAUGCGAGUGAGACGAAGGAGAACAGAGCGGACUGUGGAGAACCAGAACCUGCCAGGAAGUCAGGUCCUGAUGGACGUUUACAACCAGGUCCUGAGGACAAGACUGAAGACUCUUUAGAGACUGAAGACAUGUGUCCUGCAGACGUCCAGCAUCUGAUGGUGAAUAAAGAAGAGGUUCCCCCUGAGCAGCAGCAGUGGAGCCCCCUUGUGGACCAGGAGGACCCAGAGCGCCCCAACAUUAAAGAGGAUCAGGAGGAAUCGUGGACCAAUCGGGAUGGACAGCAUCUUCAAGGACUGGAGGAGGCUGAUAUCAAGUUGACAUUGACUCCUGUCGCUGUGAAGAGUGAUGAAGAUAAAGAGAAACUUAAAUCGUCAAAGCUUCAUCCGAGUGAGACGAAGGGGAACAGAGCAGACUCUGGAGAACCAGAACCUGCCAGGAAGUCAGGUCCUGAUGGACAUUUAGAACCAGGUCCUGAGGACAAGACUGAAGACUCUUCUGAGACUGAAGACAGUGAGGAUGAUUGGAUGGAGUCCAUGGAACCUAAGACUGGUUUAAAUACAAUAAAUAACGAACAGCCUCUAAGUGUAAAGGGACGUAAGACAGAAAAAAAAUUGUUUAGUUGCUCUGAGUGUGGUAAAAUAUUUAACCAAAAGGGCAAUCUAAAUGUGCAUAUGAGGCGUCAUACAGGACAGAAACCAUUUAGUUGUUCUGAGUGUGGUAAAAGAUUUAUCCAAAGGAGCAAUCUAACUACACAUAUGAGGCGUCAUACAGGAGAGAAACCGUUUAGUUGCUCUGAGUGUGGGAAAGGAUUUAACCAAAACGGCACUCUAAAUAGACAUAUGAGGCGUCAUACAGGAGAGAAACCGUUUAGUUGCUCCGAGUGUGGUAAAAGAUUUAUCCAAAGGGGCACUCUAAAUACACAUAUGAGGCAACAUACAGGAGAGAAACUAUUUAGUUGCUCUGAGUGUGGUAAAAGAUAUAACCAAAAGGGCACUCUAAAUAGACAUAUGAGGAGUCAUACAGGAGAUAAACCGUUUAGUUGCUCUGAGUGUGGUAAAAGAUUUAUCCAAAGGGGCAGUCUAACUACACAUAUGCGGCAUCAUACAGGGGAGAAGCCGUUUAGUUGCUCUGAGUGUGGUAAAAGAUAUAACCAAAAGGGCAAUAUGCAUAGACACAUGAGGAGUCAUACAGGAGAUAAACCGUUAAGUUGAUCUGAGUAUGUUAAAAGAUUUAAGAUUCAUUCCUAUUUCACGAGACGUGAGGAUUCAUAAAGGAGAGAAAUUAUUCAUUUGCAACAAAAUAUUUAUUAGGAUUUAUCAGCAGAUAUUCAUAGUAUACAUAUUCAUAGUUCACUGUUUUAUAUAGACUAUUAACAGUUUUAUGUCCCCAAAAAAUUUAACUCAUUGAAUAAAACAAAAGAUUUGUUUAUA